GAUUGUUUCUCAAUUACAAGAAACGUUAGCCUCGGACAGAAUGGCGACCCUAGAUCAGAAAUCACCCAACGUGCUUCUCCAGAGUCUUUGCUGCAGAAUUACGGGGAAAAGCGAAGCUGAAGUUGCCCAACAGUUCCAGUAUGCAGUGCGAGUCAUUGGCAGUAACUACGCUCCCACUAUUGAACGGGAUGAAUUCCUGGUGACGGAGAAGAUCAAGAAAGAAUUGCUGAAGCAGCGGCGAGAGGCAGACGCUGCCCUUUUCUCAGAGCUGCAUAGAAAACUACAGACACAGGGUGUGCUGAAGCAUCGCUGGUCUGUUCUCUACUUGCUGCUCAGCCUUUCUGAAGAUCCCCGCAAGCCUUCCAGUAGGGUUGGAAACUACGGGGCUCUGUUUGCCCAGGCCCUCCCUAGAGAUGCCCACUCCACUCCAUUCUACUGUGCCCGGCCUCAGAGUCUGGCCCUGGGCUAUGGGGAGAGGAGCAGUGGCUUGUCAGCCAGCAUGGGCACAAGUGGGAUCUCAAGUCUCGGAGUCUACACACUCAAUGGACCCACGCCAACACCGCAGUCACUUUUGGCUGGUCAACCUCAGUCUGCGGCAGGAGUUGCUCCCCCUCUGGUCUCCCGACUGCCCUGGGCACUUCCUGCAAGUUCCUCCCCCUCCUCAGCUCUAGGUCCCGCCACCAUUCGGCCACCCCUUGGACCCUCGCACCCCACCACCAGAGCAGUCCGCCACAGGCAGGAUGGUGAUGCAUCCGGCGAGGUGAGCGAAGCGGCACUGGUGCGGGACAUCCUCUACGUAUUCCAAGGGAUCGAUGGCAGGUUCAUCAAGAUGAGCACCCAAGAUAAUUGUUACAGAAUAGAUGGCAAGGUGAUGGUGAGCAAAUCCCUUAGGGACACCAGCAGCAGACUGUCUGAGCUUGGCUGGCUCCACAAUAAAAUCCGCAAGUACACAGAUGCCAGGAGCCUAGACCAGGCCUUUGGACUAGUUGGACAGAGCUUCUGUGCAUCACUCCACCAGGAGCUGAAGGAGUACUACAGACUCCUUUCCGUCCUUCACUCUCAGUUGCAGAUAGAAGAUGACCAGGCUGUGAACAUAUGUACAGAGAGCAAUCUGACCCUCAGAAGGCUCCUGGUCUGGAUGUAUGACCCCAAAGUCCGGCUCAAAACGCUUGCUGCCCUCGUCGACUUCUGCCAAGGCCGGAAAGGUGGGGAGCUGGCGUCAGCUGUUCAUGCCUAUGGAAAAACAGGAGACCCACAGAUGAGGGCGCUGGUGCAACACAUCCUAAGCCUGGUGUCACACCCAAUCCUUAACUUCUUGUAUCGGUGGAUCUAUGAUGGAGAGCUUGAGGACACUUACCAUGAGUUCUUUGUGGCAUCAGAUCCAAACGUGAAAACCGAUCGCCUGUGGCACGACAAGUACUCUCUCAGAAAGUCAAUGAUCCCUUCGUUCAUCACCAUGGACCAGGCUCGCAAGGUUCUGCUGAUUGGUAAAUCCAUCAACUUCCUGCACCAAGUUUGUCAUGACAGAACGCCGCCUGGCAAAAUCACACCAGCGUCCAAAUCUACAGACACACCCAAAGAUGCAGCAGAACUGCUGUCGGACCUGGAGGGGGCAUUUCAGGAGAAGAUUGACGCCGCCUACUUUGACACCAGUAAAUACCUGCUGGACGUCCUCAACCGGAACUACCUGCUGCUGGAGCACCUGCAGGCCAUGAGGAGAUACCUGCUGUUGGGCCAGGGAGAUUUCAUCAGACACCUCAUGGACUUGCUCAAACCAGAGCUGGCAAGACCCGCCACCACUUUGUACCAACACAACCUGACAGGUAUCUUAGAAACGGCCAUCAGAGCAACAAACGCCCAGUAUGACAACGUGGUGAUCCUCAAGCGGCUGGAUGUGCGACUGCUCGAGGUGUCUCCUGGCGAUACUGGAUGGGAUGUAUUCAGUCUGGACUACCACGUUGAUGGGCCACUUACUACGGUUUUUACUCGGGAAUGUAUGGGCCACUACCUGCGUGUUUUUAAUUUCCUGUGGCGGGCCAAGAGGAUGGAGUACACACUAACUGACAUCUGGAAAGGACAGAUGUGUAAUGCCAAGCUACUCAAAACUAUGCCUGAGCUCUCUGGCGUGCUGCAUCAGUGCCACAUCCUGGCGUCUGAGAUGGUCCACUUCAUCCACCAAAUGCAGUACUACAUCACUUUCGAGGUGCUAGAGUGUUCCUGGGAUGAGUUAUGGAAUAAAGUACAGCAAGCACAGGACCUAGAUCACAUCAUUGCUGCCCAUGAAGUGUUCCUCGACACCAUCAUCUCUAGAUGCUUGCUGGACAAUAACAGCAGGUCUCUUUUGAACCAACUGAGGGCCAUCUUUGACCAAAUCAUCGGGUUCCAGAAUGCUCAGGACUCUCUCUACCGCUCUGCGCUGGAGGAGCUGGCCCUCCAGUUGCAGUUCGAGGAGAAGAAACAGCAGAAUGAGGAGGAGGGUCAGUGGGGGGUGACAGCUGAACAGGAAGCAGAGGAGAAGAGGAGGAUUCGGGAGUUUCAGGAAACCAUACCGAAGAUGUGUUCCCAGCUGCGCAUCCUCACACACUUUUACCAGAGUAUUGUCCAGCAGUUCCUGGUGCUGCUGACCACCAGCUCAGAUGAGAGUCUUCGUUUCCUCAGCUUCAGACUUGACUUCAAUGAACACUACAGGGCCAGAGAACCAAGGCUGCGAGCAUCAAUAGGAGCCACACGGGGGCGACGGAUGUCCAAUAUCUGACCUUUAGUUAUUGGAACAUUUAGUAUGACAUCACAGACCAGACAACCAGCACGUCAUUUCAAGAUAAUGUCGUGCCUUGGUGGAGCUCUUGUGCGCUGUAAUGAACAAUCUGACAAUAUUGGGAGCCAAUUGAGGACAAAUCAGUGGAAGCCAGCUCCAGGAAACUGUCAAACUGAUGAGAAAAUUGCUUAUGCCCCAACACACAUGUACUGUAUAUAUGCAUGUACGUUACAUUUAUGCCUUAUAUUUUUCAUAUUUUAGGAGCAGUUAUUAAAACAAUUGAAUUGA